AUGCAGCCACCACACGGCCGGCCAGAAGCGAGCGGGACCAAAUCGGCUGAUUCAUCUGGGACCCACGAGGUGUGUGUGAUCUCCCCCACACUCCAUCUUACCCAGCCCACAAAACUGUCGUCCAUCACCCUCGCCCGUGCGCGAGUAGUCCGCGCAUCCCCCCUCCGCCUCUUUGCUGCUCCUGCCCUCGCGUCCGCGUCUGUCUCGGCCACGUCCAUCGCCCUCCGUCUCGCAUCCACCACCCCCGCUUCCACCCGCUCCUUCUCCACCACCCGCGUCAGCGCCAUGCCCCCUCUUCCCGUGUCCAAGGCCGCCGAGGUCGGCGAGUACGACCUGUUUGUCAUCGGCGGCGGUUCCGGCGGUCUCGGUUGUGCCCGCCGCGCGGCCAGCUACGGCGCCAAGGUCGGUCUCGUUGAGGCCAGCCACCGUCUUGGUGGUACCUGCGUCAACGUCGGCUGUGUCCCCAAGAAGGUCAUGUGGUACACGUCUGAGGUUGCCGAUGCCCUCCGCAACGCUGCUUCGUACGGCUUUGGCUCCGACGAGGUCAACUACGGCAUUGCCAACAGCUUUGAGUGGCCCAAGCUCAAGGCCAAGCGCGAUGCCUACAUCCACCGUCUGAACGGCAUCUACGACCGUAACCUCGCCAAGGACAACGUCGACUACCACGAGGGUUUCGCCUCGUUCAUCGACGCCAACACUGUCGAGAUCAAGGAGGCCAACGGCGAAAAGUACACUGUCAAGGCCAAGACGAUCGUCGUCUCGGUCGGUGGCCGCCCCACUCUCCCCACCGAGGAGCAGGUUCCCGGCGCAAAGUACGGUAUGGACUCGGACGGCUUCUUCGACCUCGAGACCCAGCCCAAGCGCGUCGCUGUCGUCGGUGCUGGCUACAUUGCCGUCGAGCUCGCCGGUGUCUUCAACGGCCUCGGAUCCGACACCCACCUCUUCAUCCGCUACGACGCCGUCCUCCGUACCUUUGACCCCAUGCUCUCCGAGGUCCUCGUCCCCUGGAUGGAGAAGACUGGCAUGCACAUCCACAAGCACUCGGCCAUCCCCAAGAUUGAGAAGACCGAGUCGGGCACCCUCCUCAUCCACCAGAAGGGCCAGGACAAGCCCGUCGAGGUCGACGCCCUUGUCUGGGCCAUUGGCCGUCACUCGAACAUUGACGGCCUCGGUCUCGACAAGGUCGGCGUCAAGGUCGACAACAAGGGCGACAUUGUCGUCGACGAGUGGCAGGCCACCAACGUCCCCAACAUCUUCGCCAUUGGCGACGUCCAGGGCAAGGCGCUUCUCACCCCGGUCGCCAUCGCUGCCGGCCGUCGUCUCUCCAACCGUCUCUACGGUGGUCCCAAGUUCAAGGAUGACAAGCUCUCGUACGAGGACAUUCCCUCCGUCGUCUUCUCGCACCCCACCAUCGGCUCGGUCGGCCUGUCCGAGCCCGAGGCCCGCGAAAAGUACGGCGACGCCAUCAAGGUCUACAAGACCCAGUUCCGCGACAUGUCCGGCGCCAUGCUCGACGAGGACCACAAGCAGCCCACGGCCUACAAGCUGGUUUGUCUCGGCGAGGAGGAGAGGGUUAUCGGUCUUCACCUGAUCGGCAAGGGAUCGGACGAGGUGCUCCAGGGCUUCGCUGUCGCCAUCAAGGCCGGCGCCACCCGCAAGACGUUCCAGGACACUGUCGCCAUCCACCCCACGUCAGCAGAAGAGAUUGUUACCAUCUUCUAG